AUGGAAAUCGCAGAUAUGACGUUCAAUAACGCCGAGAAGUUGGACAUGGCCAAGUCCUGGUUUUACGGACUCCGGCCCUUUUUCAAGUAUGGCGUACCCUUUAACCCGGAGCGCGACAUAGCUCCGCAGACCGGCAAGGUGAUCCUCAUAACGGGCGGCGCCUCAGGGAUUGGGGCGGCAUUUACGGCCCAUAUCGCGCGCCACUCGCCGGCGCAGGUCUGGAUCGCCGACCUGCGGCCCGAGGCGGCCGAAAAGGCAAUCUCGGCCAUCUCGGCCGAGUGCCCCGACGUGGGGCUCCACUUCCUCCAGCUGGACCUGGGGGACGCCGAGUCGGUGAACCGGGCGGCGCGCGAGUUCUUGUCUCGCACGGACCGGCUCGACCUGCUCGUCAACAACGCCGGCAUCAUCCCGGCCAAGGGCUGGACGACCAAGGACGGGUACGAGGCCAUGUUCGGCGUCAACUUUGUCGGGCACGCGCGGCUGACGGACCUGCUGCUGCCGCGGCUGCUCGAGACGGCGGCGACGCCCGGGGCGGACGUGCGCGUGGUCUCGGUCGCGAGCGGCGGCCACGGCGUGCACCCGCGGCCGGACGGCGUGCUGCUAGGCGGCGACGGCGCGCUGCUCCGCGAGCCCACGUGCGGCGGCGUGACGACCAUGCAGCGCUACGCGCAGAGCAAGCUGGCCGUGAUGCUGUGGGUGCGCCGCCUGGCCCGCGAGUGUCCGGCCCUCACGGUCGUGUCGGCCCACCCCGGCACCGUCGCCACCGGCAUCGCCAACGAGAUGUCCGGCGGCAAGCCCAUCAAGCUGCCGCAGUUCGUCAUCAGGAUCACCGGCACAAAGACCCCCGAGACAGGGGCCUACAACCAGCUCUGGUGCGCCACCGCGCCCAGGGGCCAGGUCGUCAGCGGCAAGUACUACUGCCCCGUGGGCUUGCCGGGUCACGAGUUUGGCAUCGCGCAGGACAGGACAAAGGCCGACGACCUGGAGGAGAGGUUGUGGGCCUGGUUGCACAAGGAGCUAAAGGGGGAGAACCUGGUAAAGCUGGACGGUUAG